AUGGCCUUUCAACAAUCCGCCGCGCCGCGCCCUAUUGUCUUCAACGCAAAUCAAUCCCAAGAGUCUUCGUCUCACACAGAAUUACGACCAGCAGUAGAAGAUUCACAGGAAUGGGUUCUUUUCUCACCGUCCCAGGCGGAGUCUACCGUGAGCCGGACACAAACGAGUCAGACCGUUGGCCUAUCGAGGGCGAGCGAUCUCUCUCUCAAUACUGCGGGGAGAUCCGGUAGACAUGAAUCUUUGGUUUUGGAUGAGGAUGCCACAGAAGAUGGCGACCUUGACAGCCUAGACGACGGACUGCAUGCUUUCCGUGAACAUCCUUUGGAUCCGACCGUCUCUCAUCAGACACCCGGUGCCGUGUUACCGGCCCAUGACGGACUGGGGACGUUUCCCGCCUCGAGUGCCCCUGUCUUGGAGCAGUUAUGGCAACACGAAGCCUACAAUCCCAAGAGAAAGUACGAUGGACAACACAGACGGCCUUCUAGCGUCCAAAGAAGACUUGAUACCAUAGAUGAGAUUGAGUUCCAGGCAAAAGAGGAGAAGCGAAUGAGGAUAGAACAAUGGCGCUUGGAACAAAGCCAAGCACUGAUGGAAGAGGUGGAACGGGAAACUCGUCGCCGUCUGCGACGGGAUUCACGCCAGUCCGGUUAUCAGGAGACUGUCGGCUCCCUCACCAAUGAUAUACUUGGGUCGACGCCGAAGCAGAGCGACUAUAUUUAUAGGUCUACUCAAGAACCCGAAGAAAACGAGCCUUUCUGGCGACGGAUUACUAGGAAGUUUAUUCGCGACGUCAUUGGUAUCGACGAGCCUCUUCUGUCUGUGAUAUUCGGAGAGAGUCUUCCAGAGGAUGCCGAGCCUAGGCCCUCUUCUUCUGGUGGUCUGCCCACAAUACCGGAGCAGAUCCUGGAAGAAAGCAACAACGCCGAGGACGAUUCGUGGAGAGAUCGGCUACUUCAACGCAUCGCUCGAGAAUUGGGAGUCUUCGUCCAUCAGCUCUCGCCUCACCCCGGUGCAUUUACUGCGUACUCGCGCAGUCCCGAUUACGCGGGGAUGCCGGUGUCCAUGCCACAGACGAGGCCUCGCACACCGAUGAUCCCAACUGUCGGUGACGGACAAAUGCCAGAGACGGCAACUUCAGUGUUAACGCCCAACUUCCCGCCUACCGUACAUGACGCCGCGCACGCCGAGAGCUGGGGCUUCGAGGAAGACCAUGUGUCUACUACGUCGCCUCUUGACUCAUCUAUCAGUCUCCAGCGUGAGCGUGAAUACUGGGAACGCGAGCUCGACUUAAAGAUGGUUUUCAGGUACUUGAGGGACAAGUUCGUCACCAGGCCUACGGCACAACCGGCGGAAGCCUCGAGGCAAGUCACGGAGGACGCCGCAGCGCGCACGGCGAUCAUUCGUCAGCAUCACCCUCUUGUGGCUCGGGCCCAGCGGUCUCCUGUAAGGACACGACGAGAAUCAAGAACCAAUAUCAGAAGACCCGCAAGCAGCUGUGCCAGCGAGAGCGUUCGCAGUAGCAGGAAAGCUUCUGUGGUCAGGAGUGGUUCGAGUCGGAAUUACUGGGACAUUGGCGGGAGCGUGGGCAGCGGGAGUAUCAUGGCAUCUGGUGGAGCUUGGGGUGAAGUAUAG